UCCGCUUCCACCACCGACUUGCCCCCUCCCGUCCUACCAUGCAGUUGUCCCGCUUAUAGGAUCCCAACAAGCAGCGCCAGUGUGACCCAUCCCCAUCCCCAUCCCUAGCUCCACCACCACCACCACCACCAUGGCUUCAAAAGGAACUGUCCUACCUCUUUUGAGGCGCGAACUGCAAGCCUCUUCCUCGCGAGUAUCGAGAGCUGCCGCCUCUCUCACUCCCCUCGCCAAAUCCACACGCAUUUCCAAUAGCUCCCUUGCAGCCUCUGGCCGGAGAACUGUCCGCCGCACCUCUUUCUUCCCACCGAUCCAGACCCGCGCAUUUUCACAGUCGCUGUCAAGGACAUUUACCGAUGAACAUGGAAACUUUGACCCCAGGCAGAUGGAUCGAGAGUCGGACGAGGUGGACGUCUGUAUUGUCGGCGGUGGCCCUGCCGGUCUUGCGGCUGCCAUCCGACUGAAGCAACUGGCAAACAAAGCGGGUAACGAAGAGUUUCGCGUCAUUGUGCUGGAAAAGGCCGGUGAACUGGGUGCGCAUGUUCUUUCCGGCAACGUUCUGGAGCCGACUGCACUCAACGAGCUUUUGCCCGAUUGGCUGUCGGAGGAAAAUCCCUCUCGCUUCGAAAAUGUUACCCCCGCGAAGGAAGAUAAGAUGCGCUUCUUGACCCAGAACUCGUCGAUUCCCAUCCCCGCCCCGCCACAAAUGAACAAUCACGGCAACUACAUCAUCAGUUUGAACGAGCUCACGAAAUGGCUGGGUGAGAGAGCAGAGGAGCUGGGUGUCGAAGUCUACCCUGGAUUCGCGGCCAGUGAACUGGUUUAUAAGCCCGAUGGCUCGGUGCGGGGAGUGGCCACCAAUGACUUGGGUGUUGGUCGGGAUGGCAAGGCCAAGGACAGCUUUGAGCGGGGAAUGGAGUUCCACGCCCGUGUCACCCUUCUUGCGGAGGGCUGCCACGGAAGUCUGACCAAGCAGGUGAUCAAGAAGUACGACCUUCGGCGCGACAGCCAGCCGCAGACCUAUGGACUCGGGAUCAAGGAAAUCUGGGAAAUUCAACCCGACAAGUUCAAGCCCGGAGAGAUCACGCAUUCCUUGGGAUACCCCCUCCCUCGAGACACCUAUGGUGGAGCCUGGAUGUACCAUUUCGGCGACAACAUGGUUAGCAUUGGUUUGGUGGUUGGUCUCGAUUACCCGAACCCAUGGCUCUCGCCCUAUGGCGAGUUCCAGAAGCUCAAACACCACCCUCUUUACAAGGAAGUUUUGGAGGGCGGGAAGUGCAUCUCGUAUGGCGCGAGGGCCCUUAACGAGGGUGGUUUCCAGUCAAUUCCGAAAUGCGCUUUCCCCGGAGGUGCACUGAUCGGUGAUAGCGCUGGGUUCUUGAACGUCCCCAAGAUCAAGGGCACGCAUUCGGCAAUGAAAUCGGCCAUGCUUGCCGCCGAAUCCGCGUACUCGGCUCUUGAGGGCAACCCUGAUGGCACUGUUUUCCUGUUCGACUACGAAGAAGCCCUGCGGAAGUCGUCGAUCUGGAAAGAGCUGUACGAGGUGCGCAACAUGCGCCCUUCCUUCGGCAGCCCGCUCGGACUUUUCGGUGGUAUCAUGUACUCCGGUCUGGAGGCCUACAUUCUCAAGGGUCGGACGCCAUGGACCCUCAAGCACCACGGCACCGACGCUGCCGCCACCAAGCCGGCGUCUGAAUACAAGAAGAUCGAGUACCCUAAGCCAGACGGCGUGAUCAGCUUCGAUAUCCUCACCAGUGUCAGCCGGACGGGUACCAACCACGAAGAAGACCAGCCCGUGCACUUGCAGGUGGCGGAUUGGGAUAAGCACACGGACGUUGCCUGGCCCAAGUACCAGGGCGUCGAGAACCGUUUCUGCCCGGCAGGUGUUUACGAGUAUGUAGAGGACUCUAGCAAGCCGCACGGAGUCCGCUUCCAGAUCAACGCUCAAAACUGCAUCCACUGCAAGACCUGCGAUAUCAAGGUGCCCACGCAGGAUAUCAACUGGCAGACCCCUCAGGGUGGCGAGGGUCCGAAAUACUUCAUGACCUAGCGCUAUUGGCUUAGAGCAUUGCUUGUUGUCCUCCUUUCUUCACCGG